AGAUCUUUGUGAACUCCAGCGUUGAUACAUCCCCUCCCAACCAUGCCAGACGGUUGAGAAGUCCAAGCUUAGAAACUCCCAGGAUGACGGAACCCAGGGAAGGAGGGAGUCCGGCCGCUGACCCCUACGCGGAGGUCAGGGUCAUUGACUCCCAGCUACAGCACUUCAGAAAUUACUUUGAUGUCAUCCAGGUCUUCAAGUGCCGUAUCUGCUCCUUCUGCAGUCCCCUUGAACAUGUGAUAGCCAGUCACAUGUCAGAGGUCCACUUCCCACGCCGAUGCUUCCUCUGCAAACAGUGCCUCUUUGUCUUUGAGGACCGUGCCCAGCUGAACAGCCACCUCGACUCCGCCCAUGGAACGCGCAGCAUUGCAGUCUGCUUUGGAGAGUCUGGACCCUUUGUCAACUCCCCACCGACCUGGCACGCAGGCAUUGGAAGAUCUUCAGAGGACGAUGAACAGCUUUCAAGACAGAGCACAGAAGAACAGCCGGAGAGUGAGCCGAAUAACGGAAGAGUCACAUCCAGUACAGGGAACCUGGCAAAUCUGCCAGAUGAUGGCCAAAUGGAACGUGGUAACAGUGCUUCAUCUCUGAGUGUUCCUACGGAAGGAGAGUUCUUGAGGGGUACACCUUCUGCAAGUGAAAGCAGGCAAGAACAAGUCCUCUCCAGGGGUAGUUCCUGCAAUCCAUCCACCACAGACCAAGACCUGUCUGCAAGUACAGAACCAAUCCAAACACCAAUUUUACAUCAAGACAAAAGUGUGGAACACACCUCAAGACAAGCCUCUGAAGAAUCACCAGAACGACCUGGAAUGGAGACUCCGAAAUUGAGUGAAAGCACAAAGGAAAGUUACAUCAAGACAGAGCCAGUCAGUCCUGUAAGGAUCAUGUGCCCUAAAAGGAGACGCCUGCUACAGGCCUCUUACUCUGGAGAGUCAAUUGAUAUAGAUGUGGAAGGAAAAAACAGUAGUGAGAAUCGGUCUCAAAAGUCUCAAUCAGCUGAGCCUCAUGGUAACCCUGAUGCCUGCCAGCAGGAAAAACAUUCUGCUUCAAGUCCAGGCAGCAGGAGAUCUUCAAUAUCAGGUGGGAGAAGUGGUGGCCCUGGGCGCCGACCAGAGUCUGUCCUGCGUGGCCUUCUCAGGCGACAAGAUACGAUUGAGGAUAUUGAAACGGAGGACUUGCCGAAUCCUCCAAGUGAUACUUCACUGCCUUCCGGUGGCUCAAAUUUGCCUCGUUCAAUGAGCUUGACAGAUCGAACCACACCAACAAUUCCUAGUACACUGCCUCGCCAAAGUUCUGAACCUGUCGUAAAACCAACAGAACAGCUUGACCAAUCCCCUGAAGGGAAAAAUUCAGAAGAGAGUAGUCCUGGAUCGGAAGAGAGACAGGGAAAUGAGUCAGGUUCUAAGAAUAUGUUACGCGAUCUUGUUAGCCGAGCAGUAGCGGAAAAGAGACCCGAGGGGGUACAGCGGAGAGGUUCAGAGAGUAUUAUUUUCAGAAAGACUGGAAGCAUUGAUGAGACUUCUAGUGGUCAACCGGCCCCCCGCAGCCAUAGGCAACGUAGCUACAGCUUGACAGAGGGGGAUGCCAGGCUUCCACUUAAUGGACUAAACCCAGACUUCCAAGUGAACCAGCAGGCAGAUGCUAACCGUGAAAAGGAGCAACCUCACGUACCUACGAAUUACCAGGCACAUGACCAGAACUCCCCUCGUAUGGCUUACUGGCCAAGGUAUUCUGGUCUUGUUCAUCAGCCUUUUGCAGUUGACAAUGAUCCAAGGAAAAUGUGGCGCAGUUUACCUACAUAUUCAUCACAGGCUAGUGUUCAAAGUGAGCCUUCUGUUCCGUCAGGGCCAAGCUCUGAUCAUGCUAAAGGUGUUCUGCCAACGCAGAUGUCAGAGGACUCAUUUCUUUACAAUUGCCUGAGGCAGCCAGGCAAUGUUGGACCCAGACGGAAAAGAAGUCCAGCUGCCUUGAGUAGUCAGCACUCUGCAGAUGGAGUCACUCCAAAUUGGACAGGCCAUACUCAGUAUAAUGAGGCUGGUAGAGUACCCAUGAUGGGUUAUCAAGGAGCUUGGCCACAUUAUCAUAGAGGAAUGCACCACCACCACCACCAUAUGCUGAUGAGACAAAAUGCUGAUGACAAAUCUGCUUCCCCAAGCAUUUCAUCCAGCACAUCUCAUAGACUUGGACUCAAGCCAGACCAUUUAAUGUAUUCCAGUUUGGAAAGGUCUUUGUCCCAGCAUGGAAGUGGAGAAAUGCGGAGUUUUGAGAGGAGGAGGCCUCCGAUGUUGGAACAUGGUGGCAGCAGUGAGUCCAGUCAAGAGCUUGUGCAGGUCGAAGACAUUACCCGUCAGGUUCACCGUGCCAUCAGUGGCACGUCUGGACUCUAUUCCACAGAAAGAGCAGCUGUAGCCUGGAGUGACCAGUCCUCUGGUAAUAACACAUCGCUGGAAGAACAGAGCUCCAAGGACAUGGACAAGAAACGCAGCAGAAAGUCCACCUUCAAUAUAUACCGAGAGAUUCCAGAGAGAAAGCGCAAGUUAGACCGCGACGAAGAGGAGCGCAUUAAGAGCAGUUACAAUCCAGAUGGCAGCUUUGAUUAUUUUUCACUGACAGGCUGGAAAGCGUACAAGUGCGAGUUGUGCAAGAAACGGAGAUUCAAGACGGCCUCUGAGCUCGAAGAGCACAGGCGUCGUAAGCAUUCCCUUCAGCACACCCAUGUAGGUAAUGCUUCGUCAUCAUCUUCAUCGGGUGUUGGAGCGUCUUUAGAUGAUGGCUCUAGUAGUCCUCAGUUGACAUCCCAGCUUUCCAAUGGAUGAAGGGCAUCAUGCCGUCUUACCAAAGGUUGCUUUAUCAAGGUGAUUUGUUGUUUUGUAUGCCUGCACAGAAAAGGUUACAUGUACCUUUCUACAAUUUGGUGUAAACACCAAGAUGAAAGCAAAACAUUUUGCUGAGGUUUGUAUUGAUUGGUGCGAAGAAGGUUAGAGAUCAGGAAUGGGUCUAUGCUGCUUAUUUUUACAUUGAGUGAGGUUGGCUGAUUCCAGGCUCAUUAUGGAAGCAUAUGUAUAUGAUAAGAACAAGCUUAAUGCUUGAACCAAAAUAAGUAUGUGAUGUGUGCCAAGGAUGUAUUUUUUUAUUAUUAUUUUAAGCAUUAGAUACUCCAAGUGAAUGUAGUUGUGUCCUUUUUAUGAUGAGUGUAGAGAGUAGAUGUUUCUUUUAUAGAUGUAUUAUCCCAGUGAUCUACUUCAUCUAAUCAGACAAGGUGCAAUGAUCAUUAUUAAUGUUUGAAGCAAAUUUGUGUUCUGUGCAAUGCCAGUAUGGUCCAGUGCUUGCACUAUAAAUAUAUUAUUCUAAUUCUUAAUUCGUUCUUUUCUUUUCAUUGUACAAUCAUGUUGUAGGAGCUUUCACAUGUCCUUAAUUCAUCACAAUUUGUGUACAAAUGUACAUCUAAAUGUUCCUAGAGUAGAGUUUAUGAAAUUGUAUUUCUUGUCUGCACUUGGUCUCUAUAUUACUAUCUGGUAAUUAUAAUUAAUGGUCGUUCAGAAGAUUGUAACAGUGUAUGAUGUAAAGCAAUGUCCAUGUUUGAUAUGUAGAUUUUUUUUUUUUUUUUUGUAUUUAAGUAAUUUUGUGCCUGAUAAAGAUGCUUUUUAUAAAGAGAGCAUUAGAAAAUUUGCAGCUGAUAGGGUUGAACCAAGAUAUAUAUUUUUAUGACAUACUGAAGAUUUUUUUUGGGGGGGAGGGCAGGGCACAUAUUCAGUUUGUUUGACAGCUUUCUUUUAUAUUUUUUUAAAAGUUGGCAGUAUUCGGUAUAAAAUGCGGAAUUUUACUCUUGCUCAAAGGUCAGCACAUAAUGGCAUCUGUCUAACUAGACUGGCUAACUUCUAAUGAACUACUUCUACUUAAAUACUCAGAAAUCAACGACGGUGUAUCAUGAUGGGGGUUACAUGUGAUUGAUUAUUAUAGUUUGUUCUAAUGAAUGCUGCUGGAAAAUAUGAUCAUGCUGCAAAUCGUGCUCGCUGUAAUCCACAAAUAGUAUUGAUCAUGGUUGUACAAAUUUCUGUCUAGGGACCCUUUGGAUGUCUAAUUUAGAGUAUUGUCUUUGUGAACUUGUGCGAUGUAGUCGUCUUUCACGUCUAAUGUUUUGUGUUAUCUAGCCUGUGAUUCAUAGGUCACUUAUAGAUCCCCCUUUGAGAAGAUGGAAAGAAAAAAAUAGAUAUUUGUAGAAUAGUUAAAUAAUCAAAUUGUUUGAAGUUUAAGCUGCAUUUAAAGGAAUAUUUUGCUUCUUUGUGAUCAACACUGGGAAUGUUAGUGGUUAAUUAAAUUCUUUUACCUGUAAAUGACUCUAUAUUCUUUUUUACACGAUUUUAAUCAAAAGUUAAUCUUGUCCAAAGUGUCCACCAUGUAAAUCAUGAGUGCCAUAUAGGAAUCAAUGCUAUUUAUUUAUCAUACAUUAAACGUAUAUGCUGGUGUUAUUUUCACGGAAUAUAUAAGAUAUUAUAAGGGCUCACUUACACAGCAGGAAAUUGUAUUUGCAUCCACCUUAGAAAGUCUUUAAACUACCUGGACCAGAACAAUUCAAAUCUUUUUAUUUUAUGCAACUUCCACAUCCCUAUGUAGGACAUUCCCUUUUCAUAUACUUUCAUUUGAAUUCACCCCCCUCCAAAAAAAAAUAUCCAUACAGCCAUUUACAACUGUAACUUAAGUAGAUUGUUUGAAAAUGUAGUUGUGAAUUAUAAAUCUUUGCAGAAACUGAUUUCAGAACAAUACUCUGGAGGGAUAUUUCUUUUAUUCCUUUGCUUCUACCAAAAGUUAGUAGACAAGGAAAGGAGUGAAACUAUGUCUAGUUUUUUUUUUCCUUUGACCAAGAUAACAUUUUUGUUUUGAUUUCUUGAAAUAAUCAUUUUAUGGAAGUACUAAAAAUUAUUCAAUGGUUGACUAACUGUCAUUUGCAUUUAUGCAUAAAAUGAGUUUGAUUUUAUUUUGUUUGUAUCAAAUGAAAGUACAGUAGACUUUUACUAAGGUGUAGUACUUUUGCUGUAAGAGUCAAAGUUUAUUUUUUUCCUUCAUGGAGGUGGAGACAAAGCUUUUUGGAAAUGAUUAUUUGCUUAUUGAAAAUUUGUUGUUUUUCUGUAAUUGUUUCUAUUCAUUGAAUUCUAUAGUAUGAACAGAAGUACUAUUUUGAAUUUCUUUUUUUUAAAAACAUAUCAAUGCUUUAGGCCUGCGAUGCGUAUGAUUUUACGAAAGGAGAUAAGUGGGUUAGCUGGUUCUACGCCCGCAUAUCUCCCAAGGAGGUUUUAGAAAAAAAUAAAGGAAUUGAUUAUUACUGUAAAUAUGCAUGUACAAAUUAAGAGCCAUUUUGAUUGAUACUU